AUGAAGUCUGGAAGGACUGUUGUGUCUACUACUAGUAGUAGAUCAUCUCCACUCUUGUCGUCACUACCAUUACUCUUUCUUGUUCGAUCUUGUAGCAGCAUGACAACAACACCGCUAGUCCCCAAGCAGCUGCGAGGCGUCUUUUGCGGUUCCGGAAGCGACGGCAUGUCGGAUCCUCGCUUGGCCGAUGCCAUUCUCGGCAUGAUAAUACCAACACAGCAACCCAAACAAGAACAAACCAAUGUGCUCUAUCUGGGAACCGCCACGUACGAUCUGCCACAAUUUGCCGAACGACAAACGGCGCGGUUUCGAGAACGACACUGUCACGUCUCUCAUCUCCCAUUGGUGAACGACGUUCCCUCUGUCACCAAACUGGAGAAUGAUAUUCGGCAAGCCCAUGUCAUUGUGGUAGGAGGCGGCAAUACGCUGUUUGCUAUAGAUCGAUGGAAGCGAUUGGGGAUUGUUCCAUAUUUACUGAAACAAGCCAUGGAACGAGGCGCCAUUUUGACGGGAGGAUCGGCGGGUGCCAUUUGUUGGUUUGAUGGAGGACAUUCCGAUUCCAUGGAUCCCGACACAUACAAGACUGCCCUGCAAGCAAAAUUUAGCACCACAGCAGCAACAACAGUGGCAGAUGAAAGUUCCACUGCUACUGACAACAUCAAAGACUGGAAGUACAUUCGAGUCCCUGGAUUGGGAUUCCUACCGGGAUUACUCUGUCCUCAUCACGAUCGCCGACAGAGCAAUGGCAUUUUGCGGGCACACGAUUUUGAUCGCAUGUUGCUCCAACAUCCCGGAGAAAUUGGAAUUGGAAUCGAUCAUUGGGCAGCAUUGGUUGUCGAUGGAGAGGAUUCGUAUCGGGUACUAUCACUACAAGACAAACCAGGAUCCGUUCUGCAUGACAAUACUUUUUCCGACAACGCCAAGGGACUUCCAGGGAUUUGGAUCAAACGGGUCGUUGAUGGAACCGUCCAAUCGCGAGUGUGUCCACCAAAGGGAAAAUUGUCGGAUAUUCUACAACCCGCAUCGGAAAUUGUACAGGAUACAGAGGAUAUGGAACAGUGUCGAAGGGACAACCCAGAUGAUGGACCUGGGUUGCAACCGCAAGAAGACUAG